AAAAGUUUCGCUUAGACGAAGGUCUGCCGUGCAUUUAUCCCUUCCCGUUUGCGCGGGUCUGCUGGCCUCGAUAAGUCACACGGUCCAACUUGAUCUUUUCUGUCUUUUUUCCGCCAACAUUACAGUUUCACUGCUCAUCGUUGCAUGCUCGACCAGAAACGAUUAUCUCUUGGCCAGCAGUCGAUAAGGAUUUUUUUUUUCGGGGGUGACAUCCAGCAGAAAUUCCUGCAUUCGUUUUCCUCCCCCUUUUUUAAAUAUCGCUCAAAUUGUUUGGUUUUUGCGUGCGUGUGGCGAUCGUUUUUUGCGUUGAAGAGAGGAAGAAGAAAAAAAAAAGAAAAUUUGGAGCAACACGCCGCAAGUGUGUGGCUUGAAAAUCCGGCAAAAGUGUAAAAUCCGGCCGUGAUGUGCGGUUCUUCUGCGGGACAGAGUUGCUGCGCGAUCGCCGUCGAAGGCGACGUCGACGACACGCCGGAUGUUCAGGACCCGCGGCCCGGGCUUACCACCCAACUCCGCUGGGCCGCUCCUGAAUUGCCCUUCCGUCCUGGCGUCAUCAGCUCAUCCGCCUUCGCCUCUUUCUUUCCUACUUCUUUCUGUUCUCCAUCCUAAUCGUCUUUAGCCGCUACCUUUUUUUAGCACCACUCCACCCGUUAUUGCGUCAUCAUUGUUUCGGUCGGAACGGGUGGACGUAAAGCCAGAAAUCGGAAGAAGACAAUUGCCGUAAACAAAAAAACACAAACAAACAAGGAAUGGAAAACGAAUUGAAAACUGGAAAUAAUGUGUUGUAAACAGUUGGACAAAGUGAGGACAAAGUGAAUUCUUAUUUGGUUGGUUAUUUGAAGAGAACGGGUUCAGCAACCAUCCAUUCCGCGGUCACAAUCAUGCCUCGACGUGUCUCAUCCGCAUCGAGCAGCUUGCACGCCAUGGGCUCAUCCACCGUGGCUGGUGGUGGAUCGACACACAGCAGUGGAGGAGGGGGAGGAAGCAGCAGCAGCUUGCGUGGAGGAACGCGUCCGGCCAAAGCGGCCAAUUGCAUCGCACCCGCCUCGCCCAGUCCCGAUUCUUCCAGCGAUAACGCAUCGGACAAUUCGGAUCUAUUUCAGUGGACCACCACUGGCGUAGAAAGGCACCUGGCCCGCAGCGAUAGCAGCUCUUCGGCCAUGUCGAUGACGGCCAAUUCCCGUCUGUCGCAGAACAGUAGCCAAACUGGAAGCGCGGCGUCGUUGACGGCGUCGCGUAAACGCAAACUGUUGGAACAGUUUUUGUUGCCGGAGAACGCGGCGAAUUCGGGAGGAAGCAACACCAUAUCGCUGUCAGACAUGCGUCAUAUGGGACUGGUCGGACAGGCCCGUCCUUCGGCUUCCAUCCAGCCGACGAGUCACGCCGGCGUUCCCGUCACUGCCGCCGCUCCUCCAGCGGUGGCUGUUGGAACUGGAACGGGUUCGACUUCCGCUCGGACGUUAACCUCGACGAGCAGUGCGUCGUCGGGAGGAAUCAGCUUCUCGGCCGUUUCCAAUUACGUGCCCAGCUUCUCGUUCUAUCAGUCGCGCUCGUUCGGGCCGCCUUCCUGCUCGGGUGGUGGCAGCACUGAGAGCCUGUGCAGCAGCACGGCCGACUCGGCCUGCGGCCAUCCACCCGACCUGCCAGAUGACGGAAAUUUAGCCACUCCGGCACCGCCUGUGGACGUUCACGCAUCGGACGUGAUGGAAAUUCGGAACCGCUCGGGCGCAUCUUGCCGUGAUACGCCACCGCUGCACAUGUCAGGUGAACGACAUUUUCAUGCGACGUCGAUGAACAGCCGAGUGGCCGGCUGGAGAUUGGAAGAUAUUGAUGACAACCUAGCGGCCGAUUUUGACGGUAGCCUAUCGGGCCUGGGAGUUGAUCUCAGCGUCGCAUCGUACAACAUGAGAAGUUCAAGUUUUGGUGAACAGUUUUCCCGUGAAACAAAAGAGUCUCGACAACAGCGGCGUGAAUUUGAAUUUGUUUCCCCAAAGAACGAAAGAAAGAAAGAAAUCGAAAUAGAGGAGGUGGUUCGAUUGGUUUCAAUUGUGGCUCCGAUACCUUCGCCGUACCCGCCGGUGGCCCCUAUGCCGUGCGGGCCGCCCGGUUCAUUAACGUCUUCUUUCGCAUCGUCAUCCGUCGGCGUUGGACUGGCCGGCAACAGCGCCAGCGGUACGGCAGGGCCGCUGCACCAUUACACGCCGUAUCACCACGCUCAUCACGUGGCCGAUGGUGGUGUAGGCGGUGGUGCUGCUCCCCUUUGUGGCACUUCGUCCACUCUCAAUUCGUCGUCCAAUUCCAUUUGCGCCAGCAACUCUCCGGCGCCCUACUCUUCCUCGUCGUCGCCUCAUCACUACUCCGGCCAUCCGUCGGUGGCCGUGGCAGCCGCUGCUGCCGCCGCCGCAGCCGCCGCUUACCACCACCAUCAUCACCAUCACUUCGCGUCGUCCAACACGGCCUAUCAUCCGUACUCGUAUAAUUACGGCAGCAACGGUAGUGGUGGCUGCAACAGCGCCGUCGGUUCGGCAACCACCAACGGUCAUCACCCAGCCUCGUCUGCUUGUUCCUCUUCGGCCUACGCCCACUAUCCGGCCCCUUCCUCGUCACCGUCUGCUCUCGAGUUGACGCGGCGCAAGAUGAUUUCACGGUCGAGUCCCGUGUCGUCCUCGUGGAGAUCCAAUUCGCCAUCUCCAUGGGAAAUGGAAGGUGAGGCAUUGCUGGCUCUUCCGACGUUGACCGGAUUCAAACAAGAAGCCCCGUCACCUCCCAACGGAGAGCAUGGACGAGUCGGCACAAAUCCAUCGCCUCCGCAAGCGACGGAAAGAGCUUCCAGCGAGGGUAGGACUGUGACGCAUCUGACGGGGCACGGUGGCGAUCAGAGCGGCUAUUCGCAUCCGUUCCAGCACAUGCUGCACCAACAUUCGGGCGGCUGGAGUGGCCAAGACAGUGGAGGUGGUGGUGGCGGCGGCAACGUUGGCGGAGGAACCGGACCCAUUACGGGUGGCGUUGGUACGGGCAGCGCUUCCAGCCUGACGUCCUCAUCGUCCAACGAAGGCAUGUCAUCUUCCGGCGGUCCCCAUCAACAAGGAGGCGGAGGCGGUUCGACCAUCGUCGGAACUGGCAACUACCACGGCGAAAAAUACAAAUACGAUCGACUCAACGAGACGGACGUUAAUGCCGACAACAGAUUCCAAUAUGUUUUGGCAGCUGCCACGUCCAUUGCCACCAAAGUCAACGAAGAGUCUCUGACUUAUUUGAAUCAAGGCCAACCUUAUGAAAUUAAGAUGAAGAAACUGGGCGAUCUGUCCAAUUUUCGAGGCAAAUUGCUCAGAAGCGUCGUUCGGUUGUGUUUCCACGAACGAAGAUUGCAGUACAUGGAACGCGAACAGAUUGCUGCGUGGAGAAUGUCGCGGCCGGGUGACCGCAUCGUCGAGAUAGACGUGCCCUUGUCCUACGGCAUUUACGAAGUCGUCCAGGACAAUAGCAACUUGAAUGUCGUUGAAUUUGCCUGGGAUCCUACCAAGGAAGUGGGCGUCUACAUCAAAGUCAAUUGCAUCAGCACAGAAUUCACGCCCAAGAAACACGGCGGCGAGAAAGGUGUUCCAUUCCGCAUUCAGGUGGAAACCUAUUCUCACGGCGAUGGCGAUGGCACCCCGAAGCGACUGCACGUUGCCGGUUGCCAGAUUAAAGUGUUUAAGUUGAAAGGAGCGGAUCGAAAACAUAAGCAAGACAGAGAAAAGAUUUACAAGCGACCAAUGGUCGAACAGGAAAAAUACCAACCGUCCUGCGAAUGUACAAUUUUGGCUGAAAUACCGCUCGAAUUAGUCUAUACGUCAGCAAUCGUGCCAGUAGGCACGGCAACUAGCAAUGGCAACAGCAGCCAGACGACUCAAGUGGUAGCUGUCGCAACCACUGUGGUAACCCCACCGGCUGUUUUGGCCAGUCGAACAUAUAGCCCUACCGAAUUACACAAAUCCCAAAGUUUCGCCAGUGAAGGAUGCCCGAGUGAAAGCCCUCUAGGUCACGACACAGACAACGUUGAAAGUCCUACAUCUAUGAUCGGCAGUGGUAAUAGUGCCGUUUACCAGUAUUACCUCCAGCCUCUAAGCGCCGAAGCGAGCGCUCAACAAACGGCUCAAUGGCUGCAGACCAACCGAUUCUCUGGCCAAGCCCGCACAUUUUCUCGCUUUGCUGGAGCCGACAUUCUCAGAUUAACACGUGACGACCUGAUCCAGAUUUGUGGAUUGGCCGAUGGUAUCCGACUUUUCAACGCUUUACACGCCAAAGCCUUGGCGCCGAGGCUGACCCUCUACUUGACGCAGGAUCAGAGCCAAGUGUUCCAUGCGAUUUUCCUGGAGAACUUGUCCUGCGUCGAAAUCGCCAAUAAAUUAGCCGCACUAGUGCAAUUGUCGUCCCAGCACGUCUUGGACGUUUAUAUCGAAGGACCUUGCGGAAUCCACGUUCUCGUUACUGAUGAAGUAGUUCAAAAUAUGAAAGAUGAAUCCAUGUACACUGUCGAAUUGCUACCUGAUCAAACUAGCGAUCGAUAUCGACUGCUGCUGAAAUCGACUUCACCUCAUUAGGUUUUGAAUGGAAAACCUACUCUGCAGGCAAGUUGUCAAAACAACCAACACCACAAACUAAAAAAAAAAACUUAAAAUUUUGUUUUCGCUAUUUCUUUAUCACUUUCCCCCCAAUUCUUUCUUCUGUUGUUUGAUUUUUUUUUUUUAUUUGUUAGUUGUUUCUUUUUAUUUUGCCUGAAAGUCUCCACGAAAUAUUUGCCGAGAGAUAGUUCUUGUUUCCUACGCAUUAUAGGUCCAACAGACCCUACCCCUCUCGUAAGUGCCUUUAUCAAAUGUCGUACUUGCUGAAUUUUGUCAUGAUGAUCAUGUGUGUGUUUAUUUGUUUGGCUCAUCCUUUCCACUCCUUACAGGCUCCAUUUCUUAAAACGUGUGCCCACAUGCCCACACACACACACACACACACACACAAAACAAAACAAAACACAUUUUUUUUACACAAACGCAUGUGUCAUUCCCGUUGUUCAGUAGCAAAACAAAAGGAGAAGAUAAAAAAACAAACCAUUUAACACAAUUCUCCUAUUAUCGUUCUCACCAGCACUGUUGAUUUCGUUUUUUUCUUUUCUUUUAUCAUCUUGUUUGUGUCUCACGGAGAGAGGGUUUAUCCGUAUCUUGACCAUGAUUGAUGAUAUAGUCGAAGCGGUUAAUGAUUUUUUCGUUGACUUGUAAUACUUGUCUUACUUCUCCCCCUUUAUCUUUUUUUACAAAAAACAAAUCUACUUCUUUUUUGGGUGGGUUACCAAACACAUCUUUGCAAAGUAAAUAAGAAUACAUGGCCAAGAUCUCGUUA